GAAAACUGGGAUAGGCUCCAGCACGCCCGCGACCCUUCAUAAGGGGAAGCGGAUUAGAAAAUGGGUGCAUGGAUGUUUCAUAGAAAGCCUUCGUUAAAUGUUUUCAAAUUCACAGAUCUCAAAAUCAUUGAUCACUUGAGCAAAUGGUAUACUCAUUAAUAUUCUAUUGAAUAACACUGAUUGAGACUUCAUUUAAAUACUAGAUACCUCGCCAGCCCCAUAUACAAAGAGGUCUUCCAGAUGAAAUAGUGGAGCGUUUAAUGGGAAGUUACUGAGGUGGCUCGAUUAAUGACAGUGAGGUUUCUUCCCCUCCAGGCAACACAUGUUGUAGUCAUCUGAGCAGAGUGUGUCGAGCUCCUAGAGAGAGGAAAGAAUAGCCGGCACUCUUCACUCUUGCCUGUCCAGUAAGUGCAUCAAAACGCUGAGUCGUAAUCCUCUGUCUCUUUUCACCUCCUGUGUGGAUCCAGAUUUAAUCACUAACCGAAUUGUAUUUGAUAAUGUCACAACAGCACACGCCCUCUGACGAGGGGCAACAAUUUUCUACAAUUCUAUUUAUGCAUCUGAACACAAUUUUGACACCUUCAGUCAAUUCUUCUCUCACUCCAACCGUAUUUUUGGAAAGCUCCAAGGCGAUAGAUCCCCAAGAAUGACAUACGUACAUACAAAGUCUCUCUAGGUACUUUAGCAUCCCACCCUUUGUACACACAGCAAUGCUAAGCUAGUUUCCCACGGUUGGUAAAUGUGCAGUCAGGUAACAUCCACUGCUGACGUUGUUCCAGAAUUUGUUGAUGACCUUAUUUUCGCACAUCAUUGAUACAGGGUAUAGUGUUGAGAAUGCUUUUUAUUUAUGCUUAUGCCCAUUUUCUCACUCACUUUCACUAAUGGAAGGGUUUACAUAAAUUGGUGGGCAUCAUUCUUUUAUAUUGUUUGUUGUUGUUUUUUUCCCCCCUCACAUAUCUUAACUUUUAAAAUGGAUACAGGGUAUAUAUUUGAACAAAAAUGCUAAUCCCAGAAAUGUGUGCACAUUAAAAAAAAUGGGUUUAUUUGUUUGAAGCGUCUGUAAGCAGAGUUUGGGACAAUACACAAAACAUUUUUAAAAAUAAUGAACUCAGUGUUAAAAUCAUUAAGUGUGUUCGGCCCACUCUACACUCCUUGAUGUUCUGGAAAUAUACUCAUGUUUUUUUAAAAGUACAAUUUACACAAAUGCUUUUGGCAUCUGGGCAUCAUUGUUGCACUUAGAGUUUACAUUUUUAAGUUUACAGUAAAAAAAAAAAAAAAAACUAAAAUAAUAUUUUCAGGGAGGCUCUCCAAUCAGAGUCUUUCGCAGAUGUGCGUCCAAGUGAUUAUUCACAGAAAAUAUUUAUUUGUUAUAACCAGUUGAAAAGAAUUUUCUCUCUCCAUUAUCAUUAUUUAUCCCUCAUGUAUUUAUGUUGAGAAAAAAAAUGUAAUUUUCUAGCAUUUACCUGUUAUGAAAGAAAAAACAACAUUGUGUUUCUUCUUUGUCGAUUGUACUGAAGUUACAUUUUUAGUUCUUGUAUUUUGAUAGCAAAUAAGUACUUUUUAAGUUCCUACAGUGACCCUUGUACAUACAUGUCUUGCCAUGUACAAGGAAACUGCAGGGAUGGGGAUUGGUAACCCAUCCAUGCGCAUACUGUAGAAUUUUGACAACAUAUUAGCUGGGGGAAGAAGAACAAGUCUUUUUGGAGAACAAGACUUCUUUAUUUGCCCUUUAGCAACUUUAUAUUUAAGUGUUUAUAGAGCUGUCUGUCCAACAAUUCCUUAAUAAAAUGUUACUUUAUUCAGAGUUUCAUUCACUGUUUCGACAUCCUCUCAGGCAGUAAACUUGAACCGCAGGCUUUCAAGUGCAAUGAUCUACAUCUCAAAUUUACACAGUUCUCCAAAAAUGUGAAAAUCGAGCGUUAGGUCAGUUUGAUACUUUAUUAAUCCGGUGGGACAUGCUGGUAUAGCAGCCGAUCAGAGGCAAUCAUUAAAGACAAGUGUUUGUUAGUAGAAACAACAACAACAAAAACACAAUAACCGCUAGAACAAUUGAAUUCUAGAUAAGUUUUAGGGGAGCAUUCACACUGGGCCACCUCUAUUGUUGCUUUAACGCUGUUUCCCCUCCCUCUCCUGUUCCUAACAAAUCGGUUGAUUCUUGCAUCCAUAGUUUCCAUAGUUUAGCAUCUAAACUGUAGAUGCUAACUGAUAAUGAGCCGAUCAACAUUCAUUACCGAAUAAGAAGUGAGCUACAUUCUUUUUAUUUACCGCCAGAAAAUUGUCCAUACAUGUCGACGUAUUAUCUAAUCGUUUUGAAGCGCAAACGGUUUGUUUGUUGUUCACUAUCAGAAAUGCGAUACAUGAUAUAACAAAACAGUGCAAAGAUAGGGAACUAAUUUUUUCCACAGUGCUCACAGUAGAUUUGCGAUUAAGCUUCUUUGCUGGCUCCGUGCAAAUUAUAUAAUAAUACUUGUCCGAUUAUAAACCCAUGUUGGUCUUCCAAGACGGAGCUCUGUCUCUGUUUGGAAAAAAAAAAAACGCUAGCUCACGCCAUGACGUGAUCACGUGGUUUGGAGCCUCAACCGCAGCUUCAAUUCUUUACCUCUCUCGGUCUCGCCCCCCUAUUUCUGAGAACCGAUUUGAGACAUAAAUCAGGGCCCCAUAAAUAACGGCCGUACUUCCCUUUACAUUUUCGUUGGACUAACAGACAAUAAAAACACCAAUAAGCAGAGAUUGAUCUAAUUUAUUGCCUCAUAAAAACAGACAGGGAACUUGGCUUCAGCUGCGCAAGACGCGUUGGAAGUUGAGACGAGCUGAGCCGCGAGCGGGCUUUCACAAAGCCAUUGCGUGUGUCACAGGAGCUCGGAGAGCUUCAACGCUGUUUUAUUAACGACCAUCACGCAGGCCGACAGCUUUUAAUAGAAUUACAAAUACCCAUCUGAUGUUAACUGUCAACGCUCAACCAAAUGUCGUUUUCAUGCAUGCAUCUUGAACAAGCGAUCAAAAUCGCAGGAUUAAUUUCUUUCGCAACAUACGUUGUGUUAUGCAAUAGCAGUUUAACAUAUUGCGAUACCGUAUAAUCAGGCCAUGUUCCAAAUAGAUUAUUUUACCUGAUCAGCUUACUAUUACCCUCAAAACAACGAAAUGUAAAUCUAAUAUAUUCACAAAUUCAAUCUAUAGAAAAAUGUGUGCCUUCUACGGAUAUCCGAGUGAUUGUGGAUGUGCCGUCAAAUCCAGCGUCUACUUUGCCCGCUUCGCUCAGUGGCCCUCACUCCCACACACAUUUCUGCAUUUCUUUCUUUUGCACCCUCGGGGAAAAGGAGGCGAAGACAACUUGUAUGCAAACGAAAUGGGGGCUGUCGUCGGGGUCGGAAUGGAAUACGAGGAUAAAACAGGUGCAUGAUACUUUCGCAGUGAAUGUUCAUAAUAUAAGAAAAUGGGUAGCGUGGAUGGGAAGUUUGCAUCAAUGAUUUCAGGAAAGAAGAGGCAUGCGUCAGGGUCUUUGCAGUCAGAGAAAGAUUGAUCACCAACACCCACCCACCCGGGGCUCCCUUGGCCCUAUUGAAACAUCCCGUCCUAUUUAUGGAGUUCCCAAUUUUUACAAACUGUCAUCAUUUUCGCCCAAUUUUCCAAUGACAUUAUGCCCCCGGCAAUCAACUCGGAAAGCUCAUAUUAAAAUUGUGUCUUUUUAUCACGAACAGCGACUUGUGCGCACCCCCCCCCACCUCGGUUGCAGACCGACCUCGCUGUGAACUCCCUCUCCCUCCGUAAACACGCCAACCAUUUUUAACACACACUUCACACUGAGGAAGGGGGUGGGGUAACCUCUGUCUCUCACUAUGGAUUGCCGAGGGACACAAGAAGAUGGAUUUCAAAAAUCAAAACUCGUAUCUUUUUACGAAAAGCAAACAGCCGAAGAAGAGCAAGCACGACGCAUUUGCAAUUAAACAUUUCCCACCUUUUAUGCAUAAUUAAAUCUAGCCAUACUGCUGUCUGUGCAAAAAUGAAAUGUAAAAUAUUUCCCCACAUAUCUAAAAAUCUCGGCGUCUGUCCCACAGAAAAAAAAUUAAUGAUCCGAGUUUUGAUGUAGAUAGCAUUUUUGAAGGAGCCAUAAUGUAAACGGUGUUGGGGAUCUUCGAGAGUUGACCGUCAUCAGCCAUCGGGGAAAAACGAUGCUCUAUUGUUUCCGUCAUACGAGUUGAAAUCCACCGACAGUUCGCCUACACUGCCCACAUGGCUAACGGUAGCCUUCAGGCUUCUUCCUUGCCUCUGAAACACCCCCCGGUGUGACAAAAACAAUGGCAUUAUUUUGCGGUAUAGCCCCGUUUGCCACAUUUUGUACAUACAUAAUUAUGCAGCUUCCCACAGUCAACGCUGCCGCCAGGCCUAGGCCUCUAAUUGGUUCUUUCGGAUCACGUGACCAGGAAUUGGCUGCAUUUUCACCCCAUAGUUCUUCAGUUUAGCCUACCCAGGUCCCCAUACGCUAGUAAUAUCACCAAUAUACACAAUUAUUAUAUUGCCACACGCAUUUACGCUACCGCGGCUGGUGCUUCCGUGCUCGUGGUUUUUUUUUUAAUUUGUGUUUAAUUUUAAGACGUUUCGGGACUGUAGGAGUCUUCAUGAAUGUGUGCGUGUGUGUGUGCGCGUGUGUUUUGCUUUUUAUUUUGGGGAAGGGAUUUUCCGGGGGUCUCAUCGUUAGACAGUGAUAUCCGAUUGAAGGAGCUAUGAAUUUUGAAUUUGAACGAGAGAUCGGUUUUAUAAACAGCCAACCGUCGCUAGCAGAGUGCCUGACGUCCUUCCCUGCCGUCCUGGAGUCAUUUCAAACUUCAUCAAUCAAGGAGUCGACAGUAAUUCCGCCUCCCUUCGAGAACACCAUCCCCAGCCUCAGCCCCUGCACAGCCAGCCAGCCAAGACCAUCUUCAAGGAACCAACAGAACCGGAGAACCUCUGUUACCAAUGGCCUCCAGACGAACCACCGACUCAGCCAACAGCCCUGCCCGCCCAGCCAGGCCCCCGCCCCGAACGCAUCCUCUGCCGCAGGAUCGCUGGCUCACGAAUUCCCCUGGAUGAAAGAGAAGAAGUCAUCCAAAAAAUGCCAGAAAAGUGGGGGCAGCUCUAGCAGUGGCGGAUCCAUCAUCCCAUCCGCCUCUUCGUCUCCUUCACCGACCGCCUCCGGGUACGCUUUGGCGGGCAUCGAAUCACCCACAGAUCCGAAUCAGGCGGGUCUGGAUGUCGGAGGAGCCGGGUCCCGUCGGCUCCGCACAGCCUACACCAACACGCAACUGCUCGAGCUGGAGAAGGAGUUUCAUUUUAACAAGUAUCUUUGCCGACCUAGAAGAGUGGAGAUUGCCGCCCUUUUGGAUUUGACCGAGCGGCAGGUUAAAGUUUGGUUCCAGAACCGGCGGAUGAAACACAAGAGGCAGACCACACACCACCGUGACGGCGGUGGCGAAGGGGGAGGAGGAAACCAAGAAUCCGGCGAACCGAGUUGUAUCGAGCCCCUCGAAGGCGCGGAUGCUUCAUCACCAUACUCAAGCCAGCCGCUUGAAGCAUCUGGCACCGGAGAGUUAUCGGAUGGCGAGGCGGGGAGCAGUAAUCCAUCUUCGGCCGCUGCACCCACCGCCCACACCUUUGACAGCGGGGACAAUGCGCAUCCCACGCUGGAGGAGGGAGGCCUAUCGAGCCGCCCGGAGCUGCCAACCCUGUCGAAUGCGGCUGACUCCUGUGACUCUGCUGCCAAAUACCAGUCCCCGGAGCAGUUCGCGGCAAAACAUUCCAGUGAGAACACGAGCGUAAAGCAUUUGAACGAGACGAGCACAGUAUCAGUAUCUGAUCCAGCAUUUUGCGAGCAGCCAGAUUCGUCCAUCCCCUCCUCCUCGUGCUCCUCCGAGCUCCCCGACCUGACGUUCUUUUCCGGGGACGCCUGCAUGUCACCCAGCCUUCAGAGUUCAUUGGACAGCCCGGUGGAUUUUUCGGAAGAGGACUUCGACUUGUUCACACGCACUCUGUGCACCAUGGACCUUCAGCAUCUCAACUUCUGAGUCUUGUUUAUAAAUACCGCACAGAAAACGAGGGCUCUCGACAAGAACUGCAUUGCUGAGGAAAACAAACAAACA